AUGAGCGAAACACCCUACUGUCAUCGUUACUGGUUGUACCAACACGCGCGCCUAUAUCGCACCGAGACUCGUCUUUCUGUCUCGGUGCGCCUACUUUGUAAUCCCUGUCUCCCGACCUCGGUCGCUCGAACAAACAACUUGGCCCCGGUCCUUGUUUUUGUCGUCAUGGAGCAUCCUCAUUCGCUUAUACCCUUAUAA